UCUGCUGGAGUAGAGCGGACGCGCGCUGUGGUAAUCCGGGCUGCUGAGGAGUGCUGCGGGUGCUACCCGAGCGAGCGUACCCGAGGUCACAUACAGCCCCGCGAGCCCUGAGUGUGGAGCAGUGACUGUUUAUGGUUCCUUUCACGUGAGAUCAUGCAGAGAGCCUCACGUCUGAAGAAAGAACUGCACAUGCUAGCCAUUGAACCUCCCCCAGGCAUCACGUGCUGGCAGGAAAAGGACCAAGUGGAUGAUUUGCGAGCUCAAAUACUAGGUGGAGCCAAUACGCCUUAUGAGAAAGGUGUUUUCACGCUGGAAGUUAUCAUUCCUGAGAGGUACCCAUUUGAACCUCCACAGAUUCGAUUUCUGACUCCAAUCUAUCAUCCAAACAUUGAUUCUAGUGGAAGAAUUUGUCUAGAUAUUCUCAAAUUGCCACCAAAGGGUGCAUGGAGACCAUCCCUCAACAUUGCCACUGUAUUGACCUCCAUUCAGCUGCUCAUGGCAGAGCCCAAUCCAGAUGACCCACUAAUGGCGGACAUUUCUUCAGAAUUUAAAUAUAACAAGAUAGCUUUUCUCAAGAAAGCCAGGCAGUGGACAGAGACUCAUGCAAGACAGAAACCAAAGGCUGAUGAAGAGGAGCUAGGCACCUCAUCAGAGGUUGGUGACUCUGAGAAAAGCCACUCCACACAGAAAAGGAAGGCCAGGCCACUAGGAGGAAUGGAAAAGAAGUUUUCCCCUGACGUUCAGAGAGUCUGUCCUGGUCCCUCUUAGUUACUAGCAGUCUGUGUCAAGGUGGUCUCUUUUGCUUGCUUCUUUUAAAUGUUUUUCUUUGUGUUUGAUGACAAAUGUUUGUAUCCUUACAAAAGACCUUGUAUGUUUACGAAUUCUGCCAUGCAGCGAUUCUUUAAGGAUACUUUGUUUUGUUUAUCUUGUACAUAUGUAUUUAGAAAACUUUUAAACUUGAAAAAUAAAUAAUACUUAAUGUUAA